AUGCAGCACGUGUUCUGGGCUCUCCAAGCUAGAUACUUUCAUGUCCCGAGCAAUAGCUUCCUUACCGCUCAGGCUUUCACCGGAUACCUCGUCGGAGAUCAGAUGAUCGCUGUUCAUGCUCUAAUCCAGUCCAAGAUUCUCUUCAAUCAGAGCCAAUCGCACACGUGGGUUUCGUUGGAGACAUGGGAUAGCCGCCCAGGAAGCGCCCUCGGUACAUAA